ACCGCCCAACCCUCCCACCGCCUGCCAUGGAUCUUCCUCGGUGCUCCCAGCCGCGUGGGGCCUCGCUUUAAGCUGCGGCAGCUACGCGCGGGGCCGGCAUGCGGAGGCCGCGAGGGACGCUCAGCCCCUGGCUGGGGUUCACCGCGCUGCUCUGCCUGGCGCACGCCGCCCGGGCCGCCUUCCAGCUCACGCUCCUCCACACCAACGACGUCCACGCGCGCGUGGAGCAAACCAGCAGCGACUCCGGCAAGUGCCAGAGCCGCACUCGCGGCCGCCCCCUGGAUUGCUAUGGCGGGGUGGCCCGGAGAUACACCAAGAUCCAGGAGAUCCGAGCCACCCACCCCAACGUGCUGCUCCUGGACGCCGGCGACCAGUACCAGGGCACCGUGUGGUUCAGCUACUUCAAGGGGCGGGAAGUGGUCCGCUUCAUGAACCUCCUGGGCUACGACGCUAUGGCUUUGGGGAACCAUGAGUUUGACAAUGGUCUGGAGGGAUUAUUGGAUCCGCUACUUAAAAAUGUUAAUUUUUCAAUUCUAAGUGCAAACAUUCAGGCAAGCAGAUCAGUAGCAUCCAGGAUCGCUGGAUAUUUUCAGCCUUAUAAAAUACUACGUGUUGGUUCAGAAAAAAUCGGAAUUGUUGGCUAUACCACUAAGGAAACAUCUUUCCUUUCAAAUCCAGGCAAGGAUAUAUACUUUGAAGAUGAAAUUGAAGCAUUGCAGCCACAUGUGGAUAAACUUACCACACUGGGAGUUAACAAAAUUAUUGCACUAGGACACUCUGGUUUCACUGUGGAUCAAAAGAUUGCUCAAAAAGUGAGAGGAGUGGAUGUUGUAAUUGGAGGACAUACAAACACAUUUCUUUAUACAGGUCCCCCACCUUCCAGUGAAAUGCCAGCUGGCAACUAUCCAUUCCUGGUGAAGUCAGAUGAUGGGAGGCAGGUGCCAGUGGUACAAGCCUAUGCUUUUGGAAAAUAUCUUGGUUAUUUAAAUGUAACAUUUGAUGAUCAAGGAAAUGUAAUUAGAACAUCUGGAAACCCUAUUCUGCUAAAUAGCAGUAUUCCUGAAGAUAAAGUCUUGAAAGAAGAAGUUGACAAGUGGAGGAUACAGCUAAAUAAUUUUUCUUCCCAAGUGAUAGGAAAAACUAUAGUUUACCUAAAUGGUACAAGUCAGGCAUGCCGUUUCCAAGAAUGCAACUUGGGAAAUUUGAUUUGUGAUGCCAUGAUUUACAAUAAUCUCAAAUAUCGAGAUGAAAAUACAUGGAAUCAUGUUUCAAUGUGCAUCAUAAAUGGCGGUGGGAUACGGUCACCCAUUGAUGAACACAACAAUAAUGGUACUAUUACGAUGGAGGACCUGCUAGCUGUGCUGCCAUUCGGAAGUACUUUUGAUCUGGUUGAGUUAAAAGGCUCCACUCUCAAAGAAGCAUUUGAGCACAGUGUGCACAGACAUGGACAAGGAACUGGCGAGCUGCUGCAGGUCGGGGGCAUUCACGUGGUCUACGAUCUUUCUAGACCACCAGGAAGCAGAGUUGUCAGCAUAGAAGUUCUUUGCACAGCCUGUAGAGUACCAGCCUAUGUACCACUCCAAAUGGAUGAAACGUACAAAGUGAUUCUUCCUUCUUUUCUGCAGCAGGGAGGAGAUGGAUAUUCUAUGCUAAAAAAUAAAUCACUGAGUCACAAUCAGGGUGAUCUUGAUGUUGAAGUAGUUUCCACUUACAUCUCUAGAAUGGGACGUGUUUUUCCAGCAGUUGAAGGACGAGUGAAGUUUUCUGCAGGAAAUCUCAUCCAAGGAAGUAUUAUGCUGAUUGCUGGCUUAUUCACUGUGAUGUUCCUGCACUUCAUUUUUUAAAUUCUCAUUUGCGAUGCUUUUAGACUGCUGCUAGAAUGCCUGCUCCCCUCCCCUUUGCCUGCACCUCUCAGCAUGUGUUUAAACAGGUCUUAGGUCUUGGCAUGCAUUCAGUAAUUACAGUGGAAGGCCAGCUGUAUGACAGUCAAGAUUGAGACCAGCUCUCUUUAAAACAUGGCUCUUCUAAAUGCUGUAUUAUGAGCUUGGUUAGCAAGGUUGCCUUGAAAUUUGGUGUGCUUCGUAGGGGUUUGUGGUAGGAAUAUUGAUCCAAAUUUGGAGUCACUUGACAAGGGUUUCCUGAGAUGUGUCUCUCUGGGGAACAAACAAAACAGCUUUGCUGAAGGUUAGAAUGUGUUAACAGUUUUUUUGCCCAGAUCUGGGUAUCAAAACCUGGCUCUGAAAAAAAGCUGAGACACAUACUGUACACAGGUUUAAGUGCACUUCCUUGAUAUUUCUACCCUCAAACUCAAGUUCCAAAGAGCAAAGCAUUAAAGGAAAAUAUCUUAUUCCAUGGAGAAAUAUUGUAUUCUGUAGAAAUAUUUACAAGCAUAUCAGUGAAAAAUUCUCUCUCCAACUCUUCCCAUGCACACUGAAACAGUGAAAACAACAAAUCUUUUUUUUCAGCAGUGUAAGUAAAUUCCUACUUAUAGAUGCAUUACUACUUUCCUCUGUUCCCUAUGCAGGGUUGAACACAAGUAUGAAAACUGGAUAAAGUUUUCAAUCACACUUAUUUUGGCUACAUCAGUGGCUGAGAUAAUUUUCCCCCUCUAAUAGAGAUUGGUUUAAACACUGAAGCAUAGUCAGACAUAAGCUCCUCUUACACUAGGAGAUUAAGACUGCCACAUUAUUAGAAAGGUGGGUUCCCAGGAAGUUGCAGAGUUUUUGGAUUUCACAUGCACGUAUUCCUUGAACAGGUACUUUCUUUUUUAUAGAGGCAGCAAUUGACAUUUUCUUAUCUACAAAUGGAAGAGACAAA